AUGGGGCCCCGAAAGACGGAGACAGAGCUGCUGCUGGAGGGUUUGCUGCAGUCUCUUUAUUUGCUGCAGAAGGGCCCCAGCAGCAGCGCAGCAGCAGCAAAAGCUUUUGCUGCGUAUGCUGCUGUUAUGAGAGGCAGCAGCAGCAUUUCAAUUAAAAGGAAUUCAAAAUCCGCUGA